UACAGAGAUUCAACUCCGCGUUAUCCAACAGAUGCGUCACAAUUGUCUUAGAAAACGAAGAACUUGACGAAACAUGGCCUCACAUUACCUUGGGAAGACAGGAUUCUGAAAGGAUUCCAAAAGGGAAGAAAAUGCAGGUCGACUACAGUGCAAAAUAUCCACACUUGUUCUGUAUCGUGCUCUUGUUAUGCAUUGUUCGCAACGCAGCGACAGAUCUGUUUCUAUGCAACGGGUAUAAAUCUACAAACCCAAAAUUUGACAGUAAUUUGAACACAGUUCUCAAUAAUCUUGUAAACGAUACAUCAAUAUCGAACGGUUUCAAUACCUCUGUUUCCGGCCAAAGACCAGACAGAGUUUAUGGUCUCCUCCAAUGUUGGGGAGACACAACGGUGGAGGAAUGUCUCAGCUGUUCACAAGAAGCAAAUAACAGCAUUCGCGAGCUCUGUGGAAAUGAAUUAGGUGGUAGAACUUGGCAAGGCAAGUGCUACAUUACGGUACGAGAAUUUUUCCUUCAUCGGAAUACUAGAUACAGACGCAAGAAUUGAUCACGAAUUAGGGAAGGUCACAGAUGACCCUGAUGUGUUCAGUACGGCAGUUAAGGAGCUUUUCACUAAUCUGUCAAAUGAAGCCCUUCGAUCCCCAAUUCUAUAUUCUUCUGGAUCAACAAAUGCCUCUACAUUUCAUACCAUAUACAGUAUGGUUCAGUGUUUGAGGGAUUUAGCUUCUGUUGACGACUGCAAAAUAUGCUUAACAAAUGCAAUUCAUGACUUGUUAAAUAAGACUGUGACCACCAAUGGAACUUUUCAGGGAGGAGUGGCUCGCUCCGGAAGUUGCUUUGCUCGUUACGAGACGUACUCACUCUUUAAUAAUCCUGCCCCUCCGACGCCCCCGCCUCCCCUCCAAGUCGUUUCUCCACCACCAGUUCAGCAGACCCCAUCCUCAACUCCAACACCGAAGAAGUUUCCAAGCAAAACAGUUAUAAUUUUGGGUAUUGUCACCGGCUUGUUGGUAAUGUUACUGCUAUGCCUGUUUGCAAUCCGAAGAAAAUUCAAGUCUGCAGUACUUUGGAGGCCAGCCAUCUUAAAUAAAGAGAAUCUAGAUACAGAGUUAAACUCUGCAAUCGGUCAGGGGCAUGAAAUAAUCUUUAACUUGGAAAACAUCAAGGCUGCAACUAAAAACUUCCAUGAUGACAAGAAGCUUGGAGAGGGAGGAUUUGGCGCUGUAUACAAGGGCACAAUGCAGAAUGGAUUACAAAUAGCUGUAAAGAAACUUUCUGUACAAUCAUCGCAAGGAAAAGAGCAGUUUCUAAACGAGGUUAAGCUGGUGGCAAAAAUUCAACAUCGUAAUCUUGUUAUUCUACUUGGAUGUUGCGCAGAGGGAUCAGAACGGUUGCUUGUCUACGAGUUCUUACCUAACAACAGCCUUGACAAAAUACUAUUUCAUCCAGAGAAGGGCAAAGAGCUCAACUGGAACAGGCGUUUGAACAUCAUACUUGGAGUAGCCCGUGGGCUUCUAUAUCUGCAUGAAGAUUCUCAACUGCCCAUCAUUCAUCGGGACAUUAAAGCAAGCAACAUUUUGCUCGAUGAUAAAAUGGAGCCAAAGAUAUCUGAUUUUGGCUUAGCGAGACUUUUCUGUCGAGACGAAACUCACGUUAACACAAGAGUUGCAGGAACUCUUGGGUAUAUGGCACCAGAGUAUGCUCGAAGAGGUCAACUAUCUAUUAAAGCUGAUGUCUAUAGCUUUGGUGUUGUCAUUUUAGAAAUUAUGUGUGGAAGAAAGAACACUGAUACUGGAUUGUCCUCUCAAUUCCAAAGCUUGCUAGAAUGGGUAUGGAGAUCUUAUAGGGGAGGAAAUAUUGUGAAUGUGAUUGAUAAAGCAAUAGUAGAAAGUUUCCCCAAUGAGCAGAUUUCAAGAUGCAUUCAUGUGGGCCUUUUAUGUACACAAGCAAAUGCAUGACUUCGCCCACCAAUGGCUAGUGUGUAUGCAAUGCUUUCAAACCCUUCUGUGACCAACUUACCAGAUCCUACAAAGCCUGCAUAUCUAAGUAUUACACAAAUAGAGGUCCAAUCACAAACAUCCACGUCAACAUCAACAUCUGCAAGCACAACUUCACCUGCCACUCAUUUGGCGUAUCCAUCUAUCAAUGAAGUAUCAAAAUCAGACUUGGGUUCGAGAUAAUUCCACUUACUUUUUCUAGAAUAAAAUAAGCUAAAUAUCUUGCAUAUUAAACCUCACUUAUAAAUUACGAGAUCUUGGUAAUGAAUCGAAAUUUUCAUUUUUUGGCUAGUGCUAAAGAAAAGAUCUGUCAUAAGGAUGACCACAAUA